GCGGCCGAGACCUCCAGCCAGGACAAAAUGGCGGCCAAAAGCUGCUCACUCCCUUUCAGUCACUGCUAUUGUUGAAGGGGGUUAAAGCCAUAGAGAGGGAAUCCUAGACAAGCCGAGACCUCCAGCUAUGGACAAAAUGGCGGAGAAAAGCUCCCCUUCAGCUACAGCCAUUGUCCUAAAGGGGGUUAAAGGCAUAGAGGGGGAAUCCUAGAGCGUCCAGCCAGGGGGAAAUGGCGGAGUCAAAGCUUCCUUCCGGUUUCUUCCUAUUGCUGGAGUGUGGAUUGAGCUGUGUUUUGAAUUCUGGAGCAGAAGAUGGAGGAGACCCUAGAAGCCCAAGCCUCAAGGCUGAGUGGAAGGAGAGCUUGGAGGAAGAAGGAUUAGAAGGCUGUAGAGUCACCCUGAGGAAUGCCUGGCUCCCACUGGAUGUACCAAGCCCUGGAUAUUUUGCUGCAUUACUUGAAGAAGAGUAUAACUGGCUGGGCUGACUUUAUCAAGGGAAUGUGAAGGAUGUAGCUUCAGGACUAUGGCGUCCCUUGAGGACUGGUACUAGAAAACAGAGGGGAGAGACACACUAUAAAGCUGACUUCUCUGGAAGAAAAUGGCAUCAGUACAAGAAACAGGUACCACUGGCAUUCUGGAUCCAGAAAUAAAAAUGGAGGAGCAGGAUUCAGUAGGUCCUGAAGCAGAAGAGGUCAAAGAAGGAACAACUGUCCAAAAAAUGGGAAGAAGAGGAGAAGAAGGACAAACAGUCAAAGAGGAACCAGAGGAAGAGCCACCCAGUAACUGGGAUGCUCAAUUGGAAGAGUUUCUGAGGACCCUACAACCUCCUCAUUUGACAAGGAAAACCAUUCAACAAAGUGACCGUAAGAGGCCUCAAGUGCCUUCCCAGGGAGUGUCUGAGGCCAACAAGUGGCCUAGAGGUUUGUGGGUUUUCUCAAAUGAGGCUCCUAUUGUUGAGGGAGCAACAGAGGAUGAUGAAAGCCAUUGCGAUACCACACAUACUGGGAAAGGAAAAGAAGGACUCCCAGGGAAAGAUGCUGUUGGAUUGGAGUUGCAGCGGCAGCAUUUUCGGACGCUGAGCUAUCUAGAGGCUGAUGGACCCCAAAAUUUAUGCAGGAAGCUCCGAGAACUCUGUCGGCAGUGGCUGGUGCCAGAGAGGCACACAAAGGAGCAGAUGCUGGAGCUGGUGACUCUGGAGCAGUUCCUGGCCAUCCUCCCAUUGGAUAUGCAGAAAUGGCUCAGGGAUCAUGCUCCUGAGUCCUGUGCCCAGGCUGUGGCCCUGGCAGAAGAUUUCCUUCUGAGGCAGCAAAAGGCUGGAGGCUGGGAAGGGCAGAUAUCCAAAGAGGUGUUUGUAAAUCCCCUCAAGGCAAAGGAGCUUAAGCCAAACACGACAAAAAUGAAGCUCCUGACAGAGACUGAACACAAACAUAAUGGGAUUGAAAAAUUAUUGGGUGGUACAGAGCUGACUGAAAGUGAGGAACAAAAACCCUUAGUUGAGCGUACUGAAGAAACUGAAGUACCAAUGACAUCCAUGAAAACUGGCAAACAGAACAGUUUCCUGUGUCGGGAAGAACCUGAUGAGAAUCGACAGAGGGCAGACCAAUACAAGGGAAAUGGCAAAGAAAAGGUUGAAGAUCAGAUUAUUUUAUCACAAGAUGUCUGCAGAAGUAUCUGUGAGCCCCACAUCUGGGAUGUGCAGAAUGAAGUGAAAUACAACACAAGUGAGGAGGACUUUAGUCAAAGCUCUCACCUUAUCAUGCACGAAGGUUUUGAUGUAGAGGAGAAGCUAUAUAAGUGUUGGCACUGUGGACAAAGCUUCAGUAGCAGCUCAACUCUUGUAACACAUGAGAGAACCCAUGUGGGUGAGAAACUGUAUAAGUGUUCCCACUGUGGAGAAAGUGAGAGAACCCACACAGGCCAGAAGCCACAUAAAUGUUCACACUGUGGAAAUACCUUUGGGUGGAAUCCAGAAGACAAAAUUCAGGCAGGGGAGAAGCCAUAUACAUGCACAGAAUGCGGAAAAAGCUGCAGUCAGAGAUCAGAUCUUCUUAAACAUCAAAGAACACACACAGGUGAAAAGCCUUAUAAAUGUUCAGUGUGUGGGAAGAACUUUAGAAAUGGUUCAGGUCUCAAAGUGCACCAGAGAAUCCACACUGGUGAGAAACCAUAUAAAUGUUUGCACUGUGGGAAGUGUUUCAGCUGGAGUUCACACUUCAUAUCACAUGAAAGAAUCCACACAGCAGUGUGCUCCUACUGUGGGAAAAGUUUUAGUCAAAAAUCAGAACUUGCUGAACAUGAGAAGAACCAUGCUGCAAAAGACUUAUGUAUAUGUUUUGCUUGUGGGAAAAUCUUUGAAGUCAGUUCAGAACUAGUUGCACAUGUGCGGACCCACAAGGAGAAACCAUUUGAAUGCUCAGUCUGUGGGAAAACCUUCAGGAACAGUUUACAACGCAUUGCACAUCAAAAGGUCCACACAGGAGAGAAGCAGCAUAAAUGUUCACACUGUGGAAAAAGCUUUAGUCAGAGACAAAGCCUUAUUAUUCAUGAGAGAAUCCAUACAGGAGAAAAACCACAUAAGUGCAUAGUGUGUGGGAAAAACUUCAGAAACAUCCCAAAUCUUAAAUCUCAUGAGAGGACUCACACAGGUGAGAAACCAUAUAAAUGUUCCCACUGUGACAAAACUUUCAGGUGGUCUUCCCAUCUUGUAUUGCAUGAAAGAAUUCACACAGGAGAGAAGCCUUAUAGGUGCUCAGACUGUGGGAGAACUUUUGAUAGACGGUCCAAUCUUCUUGUACAUAUGAGAAUUCACACAGGACAAAGACCAUAUAUCUGUUCAUACUGUGGGAAAAGCUUCACCUCAAGCUCUGUUCUUCUACGACAUCAGAAAAUUCAUGUAGGGGAGGAAGUUUGUACCUGUUCCCAGUGUGGGAAAACUUUUAGACAACGAUCAGGCCAGGCAGAGAAGGCGCUGAAAUGUUCUGAGUGCAUCAGAAGCCAUUACCUGAGUUCAGAUCUUGUUGUACGUGUGCGGACACAUGCGGAUGAGAAACCAUUUGAAUGCUCAAUUUGUAGGAAAACAUUCAGGAACAGUUCCCACCUCAUUACCCAUCAGAGUGUCCACACUGAAGUUCAACCCAAUCAGUGCUUGGACUGUGGACGGAGUGUUGUGAGAAGGCCCAAUCUCAUGGUGUCUGCAAACAGCCAAGCAGGGCAGAAACCACACAAAUGUUCUGCCUGCGAAAAGAGAUUGAACUAGAUCUUGAUUCUUACAAAAACUUGGAAAAAUUAGAACUGAAUUUUCUUCCAUUUUUCCCUCUUGACAUUUCACUUUUCUUUCCCUUAAAAAUUAAACUGACUGUAUGCGUUAAAAUUAAAUAAAAAUUGUUCGGU